AAUCCGGGCCCUGUUUAUUGCUGGCUGGGAAAAGUGCUCGGUGUGCGCGCCCGGCCGCUGUGGAGCUGAGUCCCUGGCGCGGGGCAGGCGAGUCCUCCUCUUUUCCCUCCUCCUCCCCCGCCCCUUCUCCCCGCGCUUUGUUGGUGCUUCUCCCUGGAGGGCGGCGGCGGCCGGCGGCGAUGCCCGAGUUUCUGGCGGAUCCGUCGGUGCUGACCAAGGAGAAGCUGAAGAGCGAGCUGAUCGCUAACAAUGUGAGCCUGCCGGGCGGCGAGCAGCGCAAGGACGUGUACGUGCAGCUCUACCUGCAGCACCUCACUGCCCGCAACCCGCCCGCCAUCGCGCAGCCCGACUUCUCCAGCGACGAGGAGCGGGAGCCCACGCCUCUCGGCGCCAGGAGCCGCGGCGCUGCCGCCGCCGGGCGGAAAGCCACAAAGAAAACUGACAAACCCAGGCUGGAGGAGAAGGAUGACCUAGAUAUAACAGAGAUGAGCAAUGAAGAUCUUCAAGAGCAACUUGUGAAGUAUGGGCUAAAUCCUGGCCCGAUUGUAGCUUCUACCAGGAAACUUUAUGAGAAAAAACUGCUGAAAUUGAUGGAGCAAGGUCCAGAACUGAAGGCGCCUGUGCCUCUCCCAGUGAUUUCUUCAGCUGCUGAGAACACCAGGCAGAAUGGAAAUAAUGAUUCUGACCAGUACAGUGACAAUGAAGAAGAUGCAACAACUGAGCUGAGGCUUGAGAAGAGAGAACCACUGAAAGCCAGGACGAAGACUCCAGUAGCACUCAAACAAAGAAGAGUUGUUGAGCACAACCAGACCUAUUCUCAAGAUGAAGUUACUGAGACUGUCUGGACAAGUGGAUCUUCAAAAAGUGGACCUCUGCAGGCAUUUUCUAGGGAGUCUACAAGAGUGUCAAGAAGAACACCAAGGAAAAGGGUGGAAGCUACAGUACAGUUGCCUGUAGAUGAUGCUGUAAUAACAGAGAGUACUCCCAUAGCUGAAACUAUAUUGACUGCAAGCAACGAGACCCUAGUUGUCAAUAGGGUGCCUGGAAAUAUCAAGCAUGCAGCUCCUACACUGUCAAUCAGUGAACUCUCAGACAUACCCAGAAGAACACCAAAGAAACCACUGAUGACAGCUGAACAAGAAGAGACAGAUUGCCUACAUCAAUGCUUUUUAAAUCAUGUUGGCCACAACCAAUCCUGUGAUCUGCUCAACACAGCCAUGAUAGAGGAAACUGAGGAGAGCACCAAAUGCUUUAGGACACCAAAAGUGACCAGACAGCUGCCACUGACAAAGGUACUGGAGAGAACUCAUACAGAAGAACGAAGAGUAGAAAGGGAUAUUCUUAAGGAAAUGUUCCCUCAUGAAGCAUCAACGCCUACAGGAAUUAGUGCUAGCUGCCGCAGACCAAUCAAAGGAGCUGCUAGUCGGCCUAUAGAGCACAGUGACUUCAGAAUGGAGGAAAGUUUCUCUAAGUAUGCUGCAAAAUAUGGUACCUCAACUGACAUCAAGUCAGAGAAACCGCCAACAAAAAAAGAACGCUCCAUUCCCCUCUGGAUAAAAAUUCUUCUCUUUGUUGUUAUUUCAGUCUUCUUGUUUUUGGUUUAUCAGUCUAUGGAAACUAAUCAAGGAAACCCUUUCUCUAGAUACCAAAAUAUUCCCCUUCAGGACAGUGCCAACUGAGUAUCUUUCUGAAAGGCACACCUGAUUUGAUCUCCUAUUUUUAAUUGUAGAGAGCUCUUCUGCCCUCUAUCGGCUCAAGGACUUCUUACAAAUAAUGUGAUUGGAACCUGAUAAAUUGGAUAAAUGAAGCAAGAUAAUGUUAAAUGGACACCGGUAACUUUCUGGACUUUGGACUAGUAGGAGAUCACUUUGCCAUAGGGAUAACAUCUUUUUUAGAUCUUUGAACUUUUUGUAGGCUUUAUUUUUUUAAUGUGGACAUCCUUUAAAUUCAUUUUUGAGAAACUGUAUAUUUGUUUCUGCAAGAACUUGGAAGCUGAGAAGGGCAAAAUGUAGUAAAAUGUGAAUCUGUGUUUUUAAAGCUUUUCCUUUGUACAGAAGAGAAGUUGUACUUUUGUCUCUAUAGAUUAUCGUGGAGGAGGAUUUUAACACGGGUGAUUAAGGGAAAUGCAUUUUUACAUGCAUUUUUUCAGUAACAAUGUAACUGAAUUUGAUCUCUUGUAGGAUGUAGGGAGAGUACAACUACAACCUUUUCUGUAGAUUACUGUAACUUUUUAGUAAAUGUAACUGUAAACUUGUUUGCAUUUUUGUAAAAGUCUUAGUAUCAUUAGUAACUCAGUUUAAGUGUAACAUCAUUUAAGUGUAUCCCUUCAUUUUAGUGCUUACGGUGUUGUAGGAGCUGAUACAAAUCUAAUUGGCAAGAGAUGUUUUAGAGGAACUUAUUUAUUAGUCAUGUGUGGAAAAUAAAAAUUGCAUCAAUAUAAUUUGCUACUAAAAUACUUUUUUGGGUCAAAGUUGUUAACUGAAGCAGUCUAAAUUCUGACUUAGCAGUGGUCUUUUUUUUUUUUUUAAAUAAGCAAGGUCUUUGCAAUACAGCUUUAUGUGAUUAUCUUUGAAUAGUCAUGUAGAGAAGUAUUCUCAAAGUGUGAAAAUUCCAUAUGAAGUUUUAUUCUUGUACGAAGAGGGCAUUGCUGCGUUUCCUGCUACAGUUUCAUCUUCUAAGGUGAGAUUUACUACUUUCAUGCAAUUGAAAAUUUUUCUCAGUGGAAGCAUGCUGAAACACUCUAUAUUGUGUAACUUAGUUGAGCAGGCAGCUGACUUCACUACUACCAAUGAAGAGUGAUAAGGAACAAUUUUUUUUUAAAGUGAAUGUAUACAUUUCGGUGCGCUUAAACCUGCAGCAUACAGAUGUUCAGUCUUACUGCUUGGUACAAAAUCGCAAUAAAUCGUACUACUUACUCUUAAAGUGCUACUUAUAAAAAGCUGAGAACAUUAGUUAAUAGUCAAUAUCUUUUUACUCUAGGUACAGUUAUUGUGUAGACUAUAGCUAUAGGGAAGCUUUACUUUCUGUGAACUUUGGGACAAACAUGGUAAUUUGUAGCAAAGCAAUAGGGUUUUUUCUAUUGAUUAAUGUGUUUUCCUUUUAAUCUGCUUUUUUGAGUAAUCCAAAUUGCUAAACCUGUGUCCAUCCUAUAGAAAAUUGUAACAUAAGACAUUCACUUUUGGUGUCAAAAUGCAGAAAAAUAAAAAUGAUUUUAAUGUGUGUGGAUUUUCAUUAUCAAAAUAAAUGCAUUGCUGAAAAAGCAGCAAAAGCAAGACAA